GGACGAUGUUCCGCUCUCGCGCUCGGCGCCACGCGGCCCGGCAUCGGCGUGCAUCCGGCGCGAGGUGCCCCUGCCCGAGUCUCUGAGCUCCCCGCGGGGUGCAGCGCCCCGGCCCCAGAGCGGUGACCGCCGCGUCCCGGCUCCCCGCGCCAGCCAGCGCCGCCCCAGACCAGGCUCCUCGGGUCCGGCUCCGCUGGACAGGCUCCUCGCUGCCAGGGACGCAGCCGGUCACCGAGGCGCGACAGGACCCGGAGCAGAGCAAGGCAGCGGGGGCAGGGGGACCCCGGCCGGCGACAGCAUGAAAUUCAGCCCCGCGCACUACUUGCUGCCGCUGCUACCCGCGCUGGUCCUCGGCACUAGACAGGACUAUGAAGAUCUAGAGAAACAGCUGAAAGAAGUCUUUAAGGAGCGAAGCACCAUCCUUCGUCAGCUGACAAAGACAUCCAGGGAGCUGGAUGGAAUCAAAGUUAACCUUCAGUCUUUAAAGAAUGAUGAGCAGUCAGCCCAAACUGAUGUUCAGAAGCUUCUGGAAUUGGGCCAAAAACAAAGAGAAGAAAUGAAGUCUCUCCAGGAGUCCUUGCAAAAUCAACUUAAAGAGACAUCCGAGAGAGCAGAGAAACACCAGGCAACUAUUAAUUUUUUAAAAACUGAAGUGGAAAGAAAGACCAAAAUGAUCCGAGACCUUCAGAAUGAGAACAAAAGCUUGAAAAACAAACUCUUAUCAGGAAGCAAGCUCUGCGGGAUCCACGCAGAAGAGUCAAAAAAAAUCCAAGCCCAGCUGAAGGAACUUCGUUAUGGGAAGAAGGAUUUAUUAUUUAAGGCCCAACAGCUCACCGAUCUGGAGCAAAAACUAGCUGUAGCCAAAAACGAACUAGAGAAAGCCGCUCUUGACAGGGAGUCACAGAUAAAAGCAAUGAAGGAGACUGUGCAACUCUGUCUGACCUCAGUUUUCCGUGAUCAACCUCCGCCUUUGAGUCUAAUCCCCUCAAACCCAGCUCAGCUGCCACUCCCACUCAAGACAAUUGCUGUGAAGAUUCCAGACGCAAGGACAAAAGGCCAGCCUCAGCAAAGUGCUUCAGGAAACAAGGAGAGCUCUCAAGCUGAGUCAACAAAAAAAGAAAAUCCACGUACCACUGCGUGUGAUUCGCAAGAUGAGGGAAAGACCUGUUCAAUGGAGCACAAAGAAAACCCCUCAAGAAAUGCCACUGCAGAAUCAAAGCCGGUCCCACAGAAAUUACAGAUGCCCCCUUGUUCUGAAUGUGAGGUCAAAACAGCUCCAGAAAAGCAGUUAACCAGCUUUGAAGGCACGGCACCUAGAGAAGAAAAAAUACUGUAAAUACCACAAAAUGGCUUUGAAAACAUCCAUUUGCUAUUACCUUCAUACUCUUUUUAGACUUGAGGCUUGAUGGGAAUACUAAGUUUGUAAAGCAUGCAAUUUUUUUUCACAAUUUUAUGUAACUUUAUAAAGUAGUCCACAAACUUUCUGAGAGAUUCCAUGCCAGUUAUGUUCCUUAAGCAAUAACCUACUCAAAAUGGAUUUACGCGGUCAUAAAUAUUUUACUGUCAUCAUUAAAUUGCUAAACAUAAGUUGGUGUAUUUUGAACUAACGUGCAACAUAAUACUUAAUUCUUCUUGUUCAUUUGGAUGCCAGUAUUUCUGUGAUCUAGUUCUUGAGAUCAGCUGGAGAGUAAAAUGUGGUUGGUCCUCAGUAUUCUUAAAAUCUAAAUUGUAACCACAUCCUAAAGGUUUGGGGCCAUACCAGUAAAUUGGGACCAUUAUCCUUCAAGUUUGAAAUUUUAUCUACCUUAAUAUAUUAUUUUCUUGAUGGUAUUCAACAUUAUUCUUAUGAUCUUGAACUAAUGAUAAUUUAAAUUAUGACAAGACAAUUCUGACAAGGAUUUAGUCAGUUAAUAAAAAUCAUUGAAAACAUUUGGAAUGAUGUAGAACAAUGAUUGGGAUUUUCUUUUCUGUAUUCUAUAGUCACAUCACCUAUGUAUACUACCGAAAUUAUCCUAAUUUUGGAAUUGAGUUGUUUAAAAUGCUGAGAGUGACUUUUAGAAUGAAGUUGGGUCACAGAACACAGUAUAGGAAGAAGAAUCUAAACUACAAUUAGGCAAGCUGAAUAUAUAUAUAUCAAAAAUGGGCCUUUGAUGAAUACAAAAUAGCUUUCACCCAGUGAAUGUAGUAUUAUUAAAAAAACCUGUUGUGUUCAUUAAAGCAAAUUAGUGAAGUUUGUUUUAAUCAUUGGAACUAGAAUUCUAUGUAAGAAUGUCAAAAAAUAACUUCACAUGUGGCUAAUCUAUAUAUGACUCACCAUGGAAAAAGACUUAAUAAUUCAAUAUAUGAUAGAAUCAGUAGUGUGUCAAAAUUCAAACUCAAAUUAAUGGAUUAAUAGUUAGAGGUUAUUUGUAAUGAAUAUAUUCCCUUCUGUUGUUUAAACACAUGGAAUAAAUGCAGAAAGCAUAUAAAAUCAUUGAUUUUACUGAAUCAAUCUGGUAGUUAUAAAAAAACUCCUUUGUGCCAGUGUAAUCUACAAGUAAAUAACAAUAAAUGAAAUCUGUAAUCAAUAUGUUAACUUAAAUUCUGAGUUAGAAGGGCAUACAUCUGAUCCCAGUGGAAUAUCUGAAUCAAUGUAAUGACUGAGAAUCAGAAUGUGUCAUCAGCAGUGGAAGGAAUAUUGUGUUAUAUUUACAUAGCAAUUCUACCCACUUAGUUCAAAAUCCUGUAUCAGUACUUUUUGUAUAACAGCCUAGUUCAGAGAAAAAGAAAUGUGACUUUCUAGCUGAUCCACAUAGUUUUCAGAUGAAGAACAAGUAAUCAGGGAAAAAGAAAAUAAAGAUAUAGCCUGAUUUCGGCUGAGACUUUCCCAGCUCUCCAAGGUGGGAAUGUUAUUAUGCUGUGGAUUUCUAGUUCUCCCCUGUCUUACUAGAUGCCCUGAACACUUCCAGAGUUUUACAAAGGAGAAGCAGAUAAUUUCAGUAUAAUGUAGGUUUACUUUCGCAGCCUGCUCUGGCCCUGACUUUUCUCUUAACCAAUGUGGUUCCUAGGAAGAGUCUAUCACCACAUUUCCACAACACAGCCUGAUUUGAGAAUUAUUAUUCCUUUUAACAAUUAGGUACAUAAAUGAAUAUUGCUUUUGGGAAAUUAACAUCUAUACCCCAGCUAUGCACAUAUACAAAAAGCAUUAACCAAACUGAUCAUAGUAUGCUUCUAUUAUGUACAUGUAAUGAUAAACAUUAAAGGACUGUACAUUCUGGAGAAUGUGAAUCCCUAUCAAGAAUAUAAAACCAUCCUUCCUAGCAGAAUAACUUGUUUCAAUAUAGGUACCACAAGAAGUAAAAGAAAUGUAAUUUCUCUCUGGUUAUUUUUAAAUGUUGAUUAAAUACUACGUAUUCAUUUCUGUGUUAGAAAUUUAGUUUGGAUUUUGUCUUAUUGUAUGCACAUUAACUAUGUAAAUCGAAUCAGUGCCUAAAAUGUGUAAAAUCUAAAUGAAUGCUGAAUGCUGACUUUAUCUAUCCAGUGCAAAUAUGCUCAGAAGAAAAAUGAAUAAUUUCACUCACACAUCUGGAUGUGGUUUUAUUAUGUAAUCUCAAAUACCUGGAUACUGAUAAUACUAGGUGUUCAAUUUUUUUCAGUCAUUCAGCACAUAUUUUGUAUCACAAUUUUAUUUCGGUGACAAUCUUUUUUUAUAAAACAUUCUCAGCUACAGCUUCAAAAACAGUAAUACAUAUGUGGAGGAGACAGUUACUGCUUUAGAUGGACAACAGAGGUUGCUGGACUCAAACAAUAUUUGUGAACUUUGCUAUAAUGGAAUCUUUUAUUUUUAUAGCUCAGGUACAGUAAUUAGCACUAACUACAGCAGAAACUGAGGUGAAUAUUGACACCGUAGAGUAAGUCCAACUGGCCGGAUUUAAGAGUAGGGCAAACAUGUACUUGUUUAUUUGGGGGACAUUUUCUCACUCCUGUGUAUAGUCUUACAUUCCCCCAAACUUGUGUAUCCAUCUGGAUUGUGUUAUGUAAUUAAUGGUCACGUGACGAGGAAUAAAAAGUGCUGAAAGAUGA